AUGGUAAAUACAGAAGAACAACAAUAUCUCAACUUAAUACAAUAUAUUAUUGACCAUGGAGAAGAUCGUUCUGAUAGAACAGGAACAGGGACAUUAUCUAUUUUUGCACCACCACCCUUAAGAUUUUCUCUUCGAAAUAAAAAACUACCACUUUUAACAACUAAAAGAAUUUUUCUACGUGGUGUAAUUGAGGAAUUACUUUGGUUUAUUCAUGGAAAAACAAACUCUUUAGAACUUAAAGAAAAAAAAAUUCAUAUAUGGGACGCAAAUGGUUCAAAAGAAUAUCUUGACUCUAUCGGAUUAACAGAACACCAAGAAGGUGAUCUUGGUCCUAUUUAUGGUUUUCAAUGGCGACACUUCGGCGCAAAAUAUAUUGAUUGUAAAACUGAUUAUACAGGUCAAGGAGUUGACCAACUAGCCAAUAUCAUUGAAAAAAUUCAGACAUCUCCAUAUGAUCGUCGAUUAAUCCUUAUGGCAUGGAACCCAGCAGAUCUAAAAAAGAUGGCAUUACCUCCAUGUCACAUGUUUUGUCAAUUUUAUGUUCAUAUACCACCAAAUGGCGGUCGACGUGAACUUUCAUGUCAAUUAUAUCAGCGUUCUUGCGACAUGGGGCUCGGUGUUCCAUUUAAUAUUGCAUCAUACGCUUUAUUAACGUGUAUGAUUGCCCAUGUUUGUAAUAUAGAUCCAGGUGAUCUUAUUCAUGUCAUGGGUGAUUGUCACAUCUACAAAAACCACAUUAAGGCUUUACAACAACAGCUUGCCCGUUCACCACAUCCCUUUCCUACCCUUUCUCUAAACCGCUCAAUUACCCGUAUCGAAGAUUUUACACUAAAUGAUUUUAUUAUUCAAGAUUAUCAUCCUGAUGAAUCCAUCAAAAUGAAAAUGUCUGUUUAA